CGCCCCGCCCACUUCCGGCGCGCGGCUCUUCCGGGCAGAGGCGCCUGGCCGGGGUCCCAGUGGGGUGGGUCCGGCCGCAGACGACGACUGACCAGCGGCACCAAAGCCACCAUGGCGUCCAGUGGGGCCCGCGGGCCGACGCUGCGCUGGGCACUGGCCCUCGGCGGCGCCGCGCUGCUCCUACUGCUCCUGCCGACGGCCUCGGCGCAGGCUUGCUCUCAGCACACAAACAGGACGUGCGAAGAGUGCCUGAGGAACGUCUCUUGUCUCUGGUGCAACACCAACCAGGCGUGCCUGGACUACCCGGUGACCAGGGUCCUGCCGCCCAGCUCCCUCUGCCAGCUGAGCUCUGCACGCUGGGGCGUGUGCUGGGUGAACUUCGAGGCCUUGAUCAUCACCCUGUCGGUGCUCGGGGGCUCCGUGCUCCUGGGCGUCGCCAUCUGCUGCUGCUGCUGCUGCUGCCCGAGGAAGCGGAGCCGCAGGCCCGACCGGAGCGAGGAGAAGGCGGAGCGGGAGCGCGAGGAGCGGCGGGUCCGGCAGGAGGAGCGGAGAGCAGAGAUGAAGUCAAGACACGAUGAGAUCAGAAGAAAAUACGGUUUGUUUAAAGAAGACAAUCCGUACGCCAGAUUCGAAAACAACUAGAGGCGCGUCAUGCGAGGCAGCGUCUCCUCGCCUGGCCCGGGGCUGCGGGUCAGCAGCGGCCACGGCCUCGUCCGCCUCGGCCCUGGGGCGGCCCGUGGGAAGCUGCCCCCCAGGUGCAGGCCUGUGAGCUUUGUCCUCUUUUUUCCUGUUUCUGUCUUUGUCCCUUGAGACAUUAAGCCUGUCAGGGCCUUUGGUUGUGUUGUCAUUAAUCUGAGGAAACCGCACGUUCCUGCCCCUCCCCAGUCUACCUGGGAGCCGGUGCCGACCGCGCCCUGUGUCCCGGGCCUGGUGGGUGCGGCUCCACAUGCCGGAAGGCAGUGCGUUUUCAGUCUGUUGUGGGACCCCCGACCAGCCAGCCCUUGUCAUUUCCCCGACGAGCCGAGCCGGCUCUCCAUUGCCCGCCGUGUCCCGGGCGCCGUCUGCUGAGGGUUCCCGUCCAUCUGCACCAGCUGGCACCAAGCAGUCGCUAAAACUCCCCUUUUUAGGUGCGGCCCUAGAAAGACAAAAAAGAGGUUUCACCCGAAGCCUUCCUUUGGAAGCGUAGGCCACCUGGGGGCUGGCUUUUCAAUCAGCAUCUGGACUGGCACACGAGGCGUUUCUUCCUGGGAAAAUCUGAAUGUGGACCCUCUGGCCAGCAGUCACCCCGUGCAGGGGCGGGGACACUUGAGAAGCUUUACCUGCACCCUUCUCUGCCCCACUGACCGCAGGCCUGGGGCCCGGGCACAGUCUCUCCCGAGUCCCAGACCCUCCCUGCCUGUCCUCAGUGCUCACCUGGGCACCGCGUGCGACGGUAGGUCCUCCGGGAAGGGACUGUGUCCUGGGCUCUCCCCGGGGGACCCUGUGAGCCAGGGUGCUGAGGGCUGGGCGGCGGUGCAGAGAUGCUGCUGGUUGUCCUGCUGACCAGACCACCCGGCCCCCGGCCAGCUCCGUGGAUCUCCUUCGGGCGGCCUCAUCUGCGGUGGCCCCGAGGUGCCAGACGCGGCAGUCGUCCCUCCAGUGAAGACAUGUGACUGCCGUCCGUGGUCUGCGCGCUUCCAGGCAGGUUCGCAGACAAUGAAGUGACUGGUUCCUCCUUGAAAUCUGAACACAGUUCUAGUUGCCACAUUGCUUUGACUUAGAGGAAACCGAGCUUUGGGACGGCAGGUGAGCGGCUGCAUGAAAGGACUCAGGCAGAGCCAGCGACCAAACACACCAGCGCACGGCCCGCCAGGCCUUGUCCGCACGGACCCAGCGACCAAACACGCCAGCGACGGCCCGCCAGGCCUUGUCCACACGGACCCAGUGACCAAACACGCCAGCGACGGCCCGCCAGGCCUUGUCCACACGGACCCAGUGACCAAACACGCCGGCGCACGGCCCGCCAGGCCUUGUCCACGCGGACCCAGCGACCAAACACGCCGGCGUGCGGCCCGCCAGGCCUUGUCCACACCCCCUGUGUCGAUCUAACCGGUUGACCCUGGCUUCUCACAGACUAAGAAGCAACCUUUAACAGACUCUUGAGUCUUAUUCUUUGAUUUCUUGGGCAUUUGAUUGCAGCAAAGUGUUAAGAGACAUUCCCGUGUCCUUCGUAACAGCCUGCAGAGUUUUCCUUUCUACUCUUUGUUCAUAAAAAUCUUUGUAAGAGACUCGAGUCAACACCGAGUCUGGGUGUAAAUCCCUCUUUGCUGCCUUGCGGCUGCCGAGCUGAGGCGAGUGGGUUGUGAGAUAAAAACCCCAUCCUUCCGCGCGGCACAGAGCCGGCUGCGGGCACCGCCGCUUCCCUGUGCUCUUCGACUUGCUGCCAAGAGCAGUCCAACCUGGAGCCUCCAGGAACCGCGUAACCUGAGUGCCUUCAUCUGUAGCCACUUUCCAGUCAGCGGCCCAAUACACGUUUUUGCUGGCUA